CUCAAUUCUUAUACAGGUGUUCAAAUACAUACAGUAUAUUACCACAUACCUCCAAUACAAUCUAAUUUCUAAUUCUAUUAAAUAAUCUACAAACAAACAAUGUCUCUUUCCGGAAAAGUCUUCAAGUUGUCCGAUGGUAACACUAUCCCAGCCAUUGGUUAUGGUACUGGUACCAAAUGGUUUAAGUUGGGUAGAAAUGAAAUUGAUGAAAACUUGGUUAACACUCUUGUUACUGCACUUAGUGUAGGCGCCACUCACAUUGACGGUGCUGAAGUCUACAACACUGACCAAGAAAUUGGUCUUGCAAUUAAGAAAUCCGGUCUCAAGAGAGAAGACAUUUAUCUUACUGAUAAGUAUUUUGCUGGUGACUCUUCUUAUACUGCUCAUUCGAAAGAAGCUAACCCAUAUGAGUCCUUGAAGGCUUCAUUGAAGAGAUUCCAAGUGGACUACGUUGACUUGUAUCUUUUACACGCACCAUUCAUCAAGGAAGAAUCUCAUGGAUUUUCUUUGGAACAAGCUUGGGCUUAUGUUGAAAAAUUGAAAGAUGAAGGAUUAGCCAAGAGCAUUGGUGUUUCUAACUUCUCCAAGGAGGACCUUGACCGUAUUUUGAAGGUUGCCAAGCAUAAGCCAACUGUCAACCAGAUCGAAUAUAAUGCCUAUUUGCAAGAACAAACUCCAGGAAUUGUUGAAUACUCUCAACAACAAGGGCUCUUGGUGGAAGCUUACAGUCCUCUUGGUCCUAUCAUUAAGGGUAAGCCAGGUCCAUUGGAUGGUCCAUUGGCCGAAUUAGCCAAGAAGUACGGUAAGGACGAAGGACAAGUCUUGCUUCGUUGGGUCUUACAAAAUGGAGUUUUACCUGUAACCACCUCAGCAAACAAGGAAAGAAUCCAAGGACUGUUGGAUGUAUUUGACUUUGAACUUACAAAGGAAGAAGUUGAAGAGAUUUCUAAACUUGGGAAGGAAAAGAAAUUGAGACAAUACUGGACCAAGGAAUACAACUAGAGUAGGU